GAAACUUGCGUAUGAAAACUCUAAGAGCCAAAAAAUUCGUAUGUUAUUUGGGAAAGAUGGAGUUGGAAUAGAUAAAAUUAGCAAGUUACCUACAGUAUAUAUGCCAUCUCAAGCCUUACUAAUAGUCAAUUCAAAAUGUUAUCAAGAAUGUAAUUUCAGUAGAAUCAUUAUUGGAAACUGCCACGAAUUGCGAUUAUGUGAUUUCGAAACAGUCACGAAUCGUGAUAAUCAGAGAGCUCAGAAUUUUCGUCCAUGA